AUGCCUGAGGAGGUACACCAUGGAGAGGAGGAGGUGGAGACUUUUGCUUUCCAGGCAGAAAUUGCCCAACUCAUGUCUCUCAUCAUCAAUACCUUCUACUCUAACAAGGAAAUUUUCCUUCGGGAGUUGAUCAGUAAUGCUCCUGAUGCCUUGGACAAGAUACACUGUGAGAGCCUGACCGACCCUUCCCAGUUGGACAGUGGUAAAGAGCUGAAAAUUGACAUCAUCCCCAACCCUCAGGAAUGCACUUUGACUCUGGUAGACACAGGCAUUGGCAUGACCAAAGCUGAUCUUGUAAAUAAUCUGGGAACCAUUGCCAAGUCCGGUACAAAAGCAUUUAUGGAAGCUCUUCAGGCUGGUGCAGACGUCUCCAUCAUUGGACAGUUUGGUGUUGGCUUUUAUUCUGCCUACCUGGUGGCAGAGAAAGUAGUUGUGAUCACAAAACACAACGAUGAUGAGCAGUAUGCCUGGGAGUCUUCUGCUGGGGGUUCCUUCACUGUGCAAGCUGACCAUGGUGAGCCCAUUGGCCGGGGUACCAAAGUGAUCCUUCACCUUAAAGAAGACCAGACAGAGUACUUAGAGGAGAGGCGGGUCAAAGAAGUGGUGAAGAAGCACUCACAAUUCAUAGGUUAUCCCAUCACCCUUUAUUUGGAGAAGGAACAAGAGAAAGAAAACAGUGAUGAUGAAGCAGAGGAAGAGAAAGGGGAGAAAGAAGACGAAGAGAAAGAUGAUGAGGAGAAACCCAAGAUUGAAGAUGUGGGCUCAGAUGAGGAGGAUGAUAGUGCUAAGGAUAAGAAAAAGAAAACAAAGAAGAUUAAGGAGAAAUACAUCGAUCAUGAAAAACUGAACAAGACCAAGCCCAUUUGGACCAGGAACCCUGAUGACAUCACCCAGGAGGAAUAUGGAGAGUUCUAUAAGAGCCUUACCAAUGACUGGGAAGACCACUUGGCAGUCAAGCACUUCUCUGUAGAAGGUCAGUUGGAAUUCAGGGCAUUGCUGUUCAUUCCCCGUUGGGCUCCCUUUGACCUCUUUGAGAACAAGAAGAAGAACAAUAUCAAACUGUAUGUCUGCCAUGUGUUCAUCAUGGACAGCUGUGAUGAGUUGAUACCGGAGUAUCUCAACUUCAUCCGUGGUAUGGUUGACUCUGAGGACCUGCCCCUGAACAUCUAG